AAAUGAAAAUUUAUGAACUGUAACAAACCACAAGAUGGUGCUAUCAUUAUAGACAGUGGAAACAUCACUUCUUGGCAAUGAAUUUAUCUGUUUAUCGUUAAUCGUUACCAGUUUCAGCAUCUCAAAGCAACGAUGCUCCUGUUAAAAAUUGCUCCAUAACUUGCACCAGCACCAAAACAUCUUUUACACUUAGGGGCAUGUGCUCGUUAAGGAUGUGAAAUUACACACAAUUAGAGGCUUGCGGAAUCUUUCUUACUCUCACUGCAGUUUGUUUGACAUGAAGUUCGCUUGGUUGUUAGAAGAAUCAUUAGAAUGUAUGUUUUCUUCCAAAGGAAAAUAAAUUUAAAGAAGACAAUUUUCAGCUCUCCCACAGAUUAAAAAUAGGUUUUCAUUACAACAGAAGAACUUUGGAAACUGAGUUUAGCAAAGCCUUUUAGAAUUUAUGGCACUUUUAUGACUACUUAAGCAGCUUUGGGUUGUACAGAUGGUAAAAGCCUUUUGUAUUUACAGAGGAAUGAGAUUGACACGAGGACAAUAAUUGAGGUGAUGGGCUGUACGCUGUUAGAACAGGUACUUAUCCAAGCUCCUCUGGUGCUCGUUAGAGCCAUUGCUGGCUCCCACAGGUCUGCCCGAGUCCUUCGAUAAACCAUCUUGGCUUUAAUUCUGCUGUAAUAUCACUCCAGCCAGCCAGCGAAUAAAGAAAACAGAUAAAGAUACCAAAACACCCAACAGCAGUCAGGGAUGGGCUCCCAAAAUGUAUGAUUUUUAACAAGAACAUGUAAUGAAGGAAAGCUACCACUCAAUAAUGCAUAUACGGAUGCACCCAAAAGGCUACAUAAAUGGGCAGUUAUCACUGGAAUUAUUAAAUAAUAUUGAACAUAUGAGGCAGAUGAAAUAAUUGAUAAUUGCUGUGCCUUCCCUGCAAGGAUAUCAGCGUGUUCUGCAAACAACAACAGCGAUGACUGCAGAGAACAAAGGAUUUGAGAGGCAAAUAGUGAUUAUUAUCAAUUUCUCUGAGGUUUUUUAAUCUAGAGAGAAAUUGUAGCGAAUGAAUCAGAGGCAGAAUAAUUGCAGUUGAAAAGGGACCCUCUUGACCUGGGAAUGUAUGAUUUGAAGGUGGCUCUUGGGUGCUGUGUGCUGAAUCACUUCCGAAGGGAGACAGAUGUAAAGGAUUGGCUAGCACCGAGAGCAGCUUCACAAGCUAGUCUGUAAACAGCAGCGUUGCGAAGCUCCGAGAGCCAGCUGGGAAGGGAAGACACUCCUCGUAUUUGAGUGCCUUUGACUGCAGGCAGCUGAGGCCACUGAAACCACGCUCUGCUCCAGUGUUUACUUCCAGCUUUGCAAGGUGUGGGCAAGGACUCCAGCAAGGCAGAGAGUGAAGCAACAGCUGCUGUUCAUUGUUUUCCCCACUUCACUUCGUUUGGAUGAGAGUUGAGCAGGAUUGUUUACCUGAGGACAGGGUGAAGAGUGUGGAAUCGUGAUUCGAAGUCAAGGAAAAGUGCUUAAGCCUGAUAUUCUUAGCAAUCAGCAGUGCUCAAAGGUGGAGGACGAUACUAAGCAGCCCAUCAAAGCUAAGGCAGCUACUGUUUGCGACCUCUUGGGAUCAUAAUCCUAGGAAGAACAACAACAAAGUCACAAGUACUGUGGACACAAAGGCAAAAUAAUAACUGUUGUCAAACUUCCAGCAGCCACAUCUACUUUGAAACUGAGGUUGGGACACUGCUGGGAAGCAUUUUGAAAGGAAACAACCUGUGCUGGCCCGGUCCUGGAAAACAGGUGUCCAAAAGAGGGCUUUUCCUUCCUUGCUCCAUUAUGAUCUCUGGUUAGACAUUCUUGUCUGUGUGUGGAAGAGGCAGGAAAAACCUCUGCAAAUUACUUCCCACGUCUGUUGGGAAAAACAAAGAAAUAAGAUAAGAAAAUAAUAAUAGCGUGGGUUGAUUAGCGACCUUCUUGAAGAAUGUCUGCCCAGGACACCGAGGACUUUGGAGCAGAAAACCUCUCGGAGAAGUCUCGGAUGAUUCCUAGCCUCCCACCCUAUGAUAUGGAUGACCAGCUCCUUCCCAGGGAGCCACGGAGUGCCUGGUGCUGCUUGGCAUGGACCCUGGUGGUGGUCACCACAAACAUCUUGGUCUUUCUCAUUAAUUUGCUCCUGUUGUUUGUUAUCUUCACGGUUGUACUGCUUCCUACCAUUGUGGUGGUUUACUUUGGCUUCCAGUGCCACUCUCAGGUGCUGCACUCGUCUGCCCGCUACUGCAAAAGCAUCUUGGAUGACAACAGCUCUUCUGCCCUCAUUAUCCUUGGCUUCGUCAUCAUGUCCCCUCUCAUUGUGGUGGCCAUGGCGACCUACUGCAGCCUGGCGAGGCGUCUCCGGCUCUUCAUGUGCUUCCAGCCAUAUAGCAGGGCUGUGUACAAGGGGGUGAAGUGGCGCUGGUAUGAGGAGGGAGGCCUUUGCGGCUGUGCCAAGGGGUGGAACACUCAAGUCAAGGCUUGGGUGUGAGUUGGCAGCACCAGGGGCCCUGCCCUAGGCAGCACCCUCUUCUCCUGGCCAUUCCUUACCCACCAUCACCUCCCAGAAUCAUCAUCUUGAGGCCUCUGCAGAUGAAGGCUGUGUGGUACCUGGAUGUGAGAAGAAGGGAAAGCCGUUAAUGAGCCAUCUCCUACACCUUUGUCUGUAAGUGGGUAGGAUUCUGCCCACCAUUAGGGAAAUACAGAAGACACAAGUCCUUGAUGGUAAAGACAAUAUUCAGCCCUGAGAAGAACAGGGACUCCUCCCACUCAGAGCACAGCACUGUCUCCAGUCUUGACAGCAUGCUCUGCCUCACCUGGGAUGUAGAGGACUUUGUAUAGGAUAAAACAGUGGUGGGAGUGGCCGCUGACUUUGCUCUAUGCCUCUGAGACCUCUUUGGAAAAGGCAGCCUUUGGUGAAGCGUCCAGCCAAGAGGAAGCAGCUGUGACUUUCCGAACUGUGGGACUGCCGAUGUUUCUAAUCUCUUGCAAAGGCGUCUGUAGGUCGCUGCCUCUGUGAUGUUCGGGAUCUACCACUUUCCUACACAUCAGAUAUUCUUCCCUCGCUGAGCAAUCCCUCUUUUUUGUGGUCUGUAGCUGUGCUUAUGUUCUUUUCUCUGUUCCUGAGUCAGGUCACUGGGAUGGCUGUGGAAACCAAUGCUGACCUUUGGGUUUCUGCCCUGCAAGCUGUUAGUCUGAAAUAGGUAAUGCUGAGGGUUACUAGCCAGCAAACAGCUCCUUGUCCUUCCUGCUGUGGUUAGGUGGCUUUGUCUGGGGCUACAGGUUGGAUUUAGGAUUCCUGGAAGGAGCAGCUGAAGACUCAUGGUGGCUACUGAGCACUACAAGUUCUCCCAGGUCUGGGCUAAGAACUUAUGCCUGCAAAGGGCAGCGUAUAAUGCUUUAUUUUCUGAGGGUCACGAAUAUUGAGAUUUAGGGUUAGUGCUGCAGUUUAAGAGAGGAGAACUAGAAAGGAUCAAACUGACUGCUGGAUGCUGUGGAUCUUUCUGUGCUCCAAUAAGGCUGGAUGUCUGGAGGACCUCGGAGCCAUUUCAGCACUGGCACUGUGUUGUAUUCUUGGUGUGAAAGCAGGACUGAAUGGGCCACAGUGGCUGAAAAUACAAAUACCGCAGCAAAACAGUGUGCGGGGAGUUUGCUGUGCUAAAUGUGGUCUGUAAUGUCCAGGGUGACGUGUGAGGCAACUGCUCCCUGGAGAGGGGCUGCGUGUCUGGAACCUGUUGAGGGGGAACCCCGCCUGAAUUCCCUCCCGUGCUUCUGCAGAGCUCCCCCAGGGCCUGAACUGGUGCUUAGCCAGGUCAGCCGGAUCCCCCUCUUGAUUUCAGUGAUCUCUGAAGCGAUACCGCGGAUUCCUCUGUCAUAUGGCAUGCCAUUAAUUACAGCUGAGUGAAAAGUACAGUGUAUGUGAGAAGGGUUGGACUCGAUCUUAAAGGUCUUUUCCAACCUGAACAAUCCUGUGAUUCUGUACGGCAGGUAGGGAAAAGCUUGAUGCAUAAUUCUCUCCUUUCGAUUCACUGUGGGUGUCUGUAGUAUUCAGUUAGUGGGGUCUGUGUGCUGCUGAUCACUGUGAGCUCUGUGUUCCCGCUGGCUCUUGCUCCCCUGUCCCUCAAAUAUAACCAUUUCAAGUGUUAUGUAUAAAUAAAGAUCAUGCCGUAGCUCCACCGAGGGAGUUUCUGUUCUGUCUGGAAGCACUGGCUGCAUCAGAAACAGCUGUGUGGUGCCCAUUGUACCACAGUACGUGUCACUGUCGGUUAAAAUGUAAUUUCUGCUUGCUUUGAUGAUUGAUUUUUCCAGUCUACAUAGCCCUGAGAGCCGUGGUCCCUCUCAGAGAAACAACCAGUGGUGGCCAUGGGUGAAAAAGAAUGGAAUUGCCAGAAAACACCUCAUUUGCGUACAGUGGGACACCGAGUCCUGCCACCAAACCAGACAAGAACAGCACAGGGGCAGCUGGAGGUAAGCAUGGCGCUGUUGCUAGACCCUUGUUUUGAGACACUAGAGCUGUUGGCUCAAUGUCUUGCUGGCUUCCCUGUGUCCUGCAACUCACCUGCCAGCUGUACCCCCAUCUGCCAGGGACCCCCUUCUGCUGUCACCGCCUGCCCCGGGGAGACAGGAGUGGGUUUGUUCCAAGUGAUGCUUUUCCAGCCAGCGGCUUGUAGUGCAUUUGCAUCUGUACAGUGACAAAAUCUUGGGGGAGAGCUGUAUUCUCCCUUUGUUGUGCUUGCAGAUGUGCUUGGAAUGUAAUGGGAAAGACACACACAGGAGAGAAAAAUUUGGAGAAGGCAUAAGCAAGCUGUUCCGGAUCCCCAGGGCUCAGAAAGCAGCCUGCCUUCAACUCGUUCCUUUAUCAGAGAGCCAACUUAGAGUCAGGAGCAGAUGAUCAUCCCGUGUUGUGCCUCAGAAGCGAAAUAUCCAUUUAAAAAAUAAAAAGGGAAUUGCAGUUGCUCACACUGCUGAUGUGUUUGUUGCCAUUCUUCCCUUUCAGUGUGGCCUGUUUCCUCCUCACACCUCUGCUGUCAGUCUCUGUCUCAUUUUGAAGAGUUAAAAGGAGAGAAAUAAUCUGACAGGACCGAGGGGAGAAACAGCAGAAAGUUCCGUUUCAUGAAAGGGAGAUGUCGUGCUACAGGAUAAAAACCAGGUUUGCCUGAAGGUAAUAUUUGCUGAGGGAGCACAGAUGGUUGAUAGGAGCUGUUGUUCCUGUUGCUCACCUGUCAGUGAAUCCAACUGCUUUUACAAGGAAAGGAUUCCUAAAGCUGCCUGGGGGGCAAGUAUCGCAGUCAGCCUCUGCAGAAGAAAUUGGGAGUUAUCAGGAAGGCCAUUGCCCAUAAAACUUGGUAUUUCGCUUCACAGAGAGUUUUAAUAAACAAAGAGGAAAUGAAUCUACCUGAAAGCAUGCCGAACAGACCUCGUGUCGGAGAGUUCAGGCUGUACCUCAAGGGUGUCCUGGUCUGGCAGAGAGCACAGCGAUGCAUCGCAAGCACUGCUGGAGCUCUGAUGUGAAACGAGUUUGAUCCUAAAUUUCCUGUAGAGAGUACAGAGCCAUCCUUAAUAUCCUUAGCCUUGGAUCAAAGCCUGAGGGCAGCUGUGCCAGCCUCCUUCCGCAGGGCUCAUGUGCCAGGCAGGGACUGCGCCCGCAGAUGUUGGGGGGAAGCGAUGCCUCCCUCUUCUACAUCUCAGACAGAGCUUUGUUCUGUGAGCUCCCAGCCCGGGGCAGAGUUCAGAGCACAGCUCUGCUUGGCAAGGUGCUGGAGCAGGACAGAAAGACGUGGGUCUCGGCAUCACUGUGGAGAAAUGUUUAUGGAAACGUUCUAUACAGAGAUUACAUAUGGAUUUAAUAUGACAGACGUGAACACUAACAGGUUUCAACAAGGGCAAGAGGAGGAGCUGCUCUCACCACACAGGCUCACCAAGGGAUGUCUCUGGUCUCUGCUGUGUGUAAGAGGCAGGGAUGAAUAAGCCCAGGCACUUCUGAAAUAAAAGAACAAGCUCUUCUCUCUCACAAGCAGGGAUCUGCCCUGGCAUUACUGAAAUCAGUGGAGACGCUCCAAGUUCACAGUGGGUAAAUGAGAGUGUGCCUCAGCCCAAGGGAAUGCAGAACCUGUACAAAAGACAGGGAAAUUCUAGGCCAGUGGAAACCAGGAGCUGAAUAACCAGUUCCCUGCCUCCCUGCUUUUGCCAGCUGAAGCCUCUGAGUCCAGCAAGAAUUCUAGCUGAAAUAUUUGAGCUGUUUCCCGGUGCUCUCAGCUGGAUAUUGGUGCUCUGAUGCCUUCGGUUAUUGGAGCCCUCAGCUGGGGGCAGUGCAAAUAACAACCAUCUGUCAAUCUGAACUGAAAUCAGGGUCUUCUUUCAGAGCCAAGGACAGCGUAGCCUUUAUUGGAAGGAUGCUAAAUUCCUCCUUUGAGGGAGGCUGGAGGAAAGGAAGCUGGGACCUGCCGUACGUACCAUGAGAUGAAGUUGCAUGCAGGCUGUCAGGUCCAAGGGCAAGACUCCGGCUGCUGAACUGUGCCCCUCCUGUGUUAUCAACUGCGUCGGACUGAGCAUCCUGCCUGCUC